AUGAGUAAGCAAACAUCUUUGUCAAAUUUUUUUAAACAACCCUCAACAUCAAAUUCAUCUUCAGCAAUUGUGAACGGUCCUGAUUCAGAUGUUAGUGAAAAUGAAUUAAGACCACCACUUAAAAAGGUAAAACUAACUACAAAAAUUUUGAACUACAAUGAAAAUUACGUCGAAUACGGGUUUACUUAUUUACGUGAAAAUAAUAUAGAUUUACCUCAAUCAGCCAUGCAUAUAGCUAAAUCUAAAAAGGCAUAUACAAUCGGUGAAAAACUAUUGAAACCUUGCAUGAUAGAUAUUUUUACUGAGUUGUUUGGUAGUGAAUAUGCAACAAAAAUAAACAGUAUACCCAUGUCCAAUGAUACUAUCAGCAGAAGAAUAAAUAUUAUGGCUGUUGACAUUGAAUAUCAACUUAUUCAAAAAAUAAACAAAUCUAUAUUUUAUGGAAUUCAAAUCGAUGAAUCUACAGACAUUAAUAAUGAAGCAAUAUUAUUAAUUUAUAUUAGAUAUGUAGAUACCGAUUUGAAUGACAUAAAUGAAGAGUUUUUAUGUUGUUUAAAUUUACCAACGUUUUGUACAUCUGAGGAAAUUUUCAAAGCUAUUUUAAUGUACUUCGACAAAAAUGAUCUAUCUAUUUCCAAGUGUAUUGGUAUAUGUACUGACGGUGCUGCAGCCAUGACGGGAAAGUUUAAUGGUCUUGUAGCACGAAUUAAACAGAUAGCUCAUAAGGAUAUAAUUUCAACUCAUUGUUUCAUUCACCGAGAGCAAUUGGCCACUAAAGAUAUGGUUAUGCCUAAAGUUAAAAGCUUUUGUUCUACCCGACUAAGAGGUUUUGUAAAAGAAUUUGGAGAGGCUUUAUCGGAUUAA